CAGCUCAUCUAGCGGUCUGUCUUCAGUAAGUCGCUUCCAGUUAAAUCCUUUGAAUCGAUUUUUCCUUUAAACACAUAGUUGCAUCAAAGAUCAUGCCUUCCAUUGAAGAUGUGAAGCACUUGCAGAUUCCUCUCUGGGAGAUAUCAUUGGCAACUAAUGGAUUUGCCAAAGAGAAUCUCAUUGAAGAAGGUGGAUUUGGGCAUGUAUACAAAGGCAUAUCCAAAAAACACGGCUCCAUCGCGGUGAAGCGGUUGGUUUAUAGGCAAAUGUAUGGGCAAGGAGACAAGGAAUUUAAGACAGAGAUAGCUUUGCUUUCAAAAUGUAAACAUGAAAAUAUUGUCUCUCUUCGUGGUUUCUGUGACGAAGAUGGCGAGAAGAUUCUUGUUUAUAGGUAUGAAAGCAAUGGGAGUCUUAACAAGCAAUUAAACAACGAAAAUCUAACCUGGACCCAACGCCUACGGAUUUGCCUAGAUGCUGCCUGUGGGUUACAAUACCUUCACGAAAACGUUGAGUCUCAACUUGGAAUCUUCCACCGCGAUGUGAAAAGCCCCAAUAUCCUUUUGGAUGAAGGCUGGAAGGCAAAAAUUUCAGAUUUUGGGUUGUCAAGAGCACACCCUGCCAAUAUGCAGGCUAGCUUUCUUAUCUCGAAUCCGUGUGGCACAGAAGGAUAUAUUGAUCCAGAUUACCGUAACACCUGUCAUCUCACCCAAAAAUCUGACGUCUACUCUUUUGGGGUCGUAUUGUGGGAAGUUUUGUGUGGAAGGCUCGCAUAUGUUCCAUCAUACAAUGAUGACCGUCGAUAUUUAAAUGUUCUAGUGGAAAAACAUUACAUAAGGAAAACACUAGACAAGAUCAUUCCUUCCUAUUUACACAAGCAGAUGCACACAGAUUCGUUACUUACGUUUACAAAGAUUGCCUAUCAAUGUUUGAAGAACCGAGAAGAACGUCCAACAAUGAAAGAGGUCGUGGAUCAGUUACAAGAGGCUAUUGAUCAUCAACAAGUAAAGAAAAAAGCAAAACCGGCCACCGUAGAUGAGAAGAAGGGCGAUGGAUCUUUUCCGCCACCACCUCCCCAGCCGCAAGAGUUGGUCUUUUUAGUAUACAUGCAUUGUAAAGACUGUGCUAAAAGAGUCCGGCGAUGCCUUGAAAACUUUGAGGGCGUUGAAGGUGUUGAAACGGAUUGCGAGAAUCAUAAGGUCGUAGUGAAGGGAGAAAAGGCGGAUCCGUUAAAGGUUCUAGAAAGAAUCCAUAAGGAAACCGGUAGAAAAGUUGAGCUUUUAUCACCGGUAACAAAACCUUUGGUGGAGGAGGCCAAAAGGCUGGAGCAAGAGAAACCUUCUAAACGGGAAGAUGAGAAAGAUGAGGAGGGAAAGAAAGAAGCAAAACCGGCCACUAGAGAUGAGAAAAGGGGAGAGGCGUCAAAAGACCCGCCACCGCCGAAUGUGUCGGCAAAUGAGACCAAGAAGCCGAAUAGAAAAGUUCAGCAAAACCUUAAAGGCUCAGAGGGUGUUAAAGAUGUUCAUCUGUAUUGUGAAACUCAAAACGUGUUAGUGAAGGGAACACAAGAAGAUUCAACGAAGGUUCUAAAAACAGUCGUAAAGAAAAGUCACCGAAAAGUUGACCCUCCAUCCCCGGUCCAAACACUCUUGGCAGAGGAGCCCAAGAAGCCGGAGCAAGAACCUCAUGAGCAGGCGAAGAGGAAUGAUGCUACAAGCCGAGAAAUAUAUAUCUAUAUAUUUAUUAUUAUUUUUUGCUUUAUCUAUGAUAUCUCUAAGUUAGUUCGCUAUUUAAAUAAAUAAAACACUACUAUGGUAGCUAUAGAAGUUCUACUCUAGUCUUAAUGUUGUUAUGUUGUAGCACUUUAUUAUAUUUAUUAAAGUGAAAUGUUUCAUGAAUCAAUUAAUGAA